AUGAAAAACACAAAAGGCCUUUCUAUGCGAGUAGAUGCUCCGCUUGUUUUUUCAAUGCAGCCUGCUCGGGUGGCUUCUAAGAAAACCCGAGUUCAUUUGGAAGAAAUGAUUGCUCAAGAGCUAAAAAACAGCGAAUCGCAUGCUUUUUCGCACAGGGCCAUCAGCGCAUACUCGCGCUGUGUACAAGCCCUGGGCUUGGAGGACUGCGUGCACUUGUCAGGCCCCUGUGCUGUCGAGACUGCGCGCAUAAAGAGCUGCAUAAUGCAGCACGAGCUAAAAAGCCCUCGGUUCUCCGUGGUGAAGUUUAUUGAGCAGAUCUCUAGGCUGCCACCAACGGGCGAAAAUAUGCUAAGGCUUGUAGAGCUGGCCAGAGCCAGCAUAAGUUGCAGAUUCACGCUCUACAAGAAUGUUUACAACUUGGACAUUGCGCACAGAGGCAAAAGAAUAUUCAACUACCAUAGAAUACUUGAGAGGCUCUGGAUGUUCCACCGAAAGUACAAGCAUUUCAUUAUUGUUCUUUUUAACACGGUGCACCAUCUUUCUGGAUAUGCCGAGGAGUACAAAAGAGCCGAAGUCACGUACAGUGGCACGCUGGAGUUGGUGAAAGAGAAAGAUCUUUAUAUGGAAAUACACGAUGCAUCGCUGAGGGUGAUGGAGUGCAUAAAGAGCGGCGCUCCGGUGAGCAAGGAGGAUAUAGUUGCCCUGAAGGGCUUCAAGCAGUACUAUAGCCACCUGGUGUGCUCGGUGUACGGGUUUUGCGGGCACGGCCAGAACGACCUGCUGUUUAUUUUUGGCGAGAUGUUCAACAAAGACGGAAAAGUCAAGUCUGCACAAGCACUAGAAAAUCUCCUAUCUGCAAUUGGGCUGCACAUAUCUGGGUUUUACAGCAUAAUCCAGCAGACAUACAAAAACAAAAAGAUGCCAAACGACUUGAGAAACAAGGUAGUUAGAAAGGCAAUGCAGAAUUUAAAUGUUUUUUUGUACAAAAAUCCGUCUGUGUUCUUAUACAUAGUAAUACCUGUUUCCCACAAGCUGGCCGGAUACAGCGCGUGCAUUUGGGCGAUUUUGCAUAUUAUACACAGCUAUUCUACAAGCGCGUGCUUCUCUUCAAAAGCGCCCCACCCUCUGCUAGCCAGGGCGGGGGCCUGUGCAUUUCUGGGUGCAGUCCUGCUCUUGACAGCAAACGUCGCCAAUAUUAUCAGAAAAGACUCUGUGCACACUAAACACUGCCCAUACACACACAUAAACAGGCACAUAUACGACUUGGCGUGCAUAGUGUUCUCUUUUACAGCCUAUUCGUUUAUAUGCCGAGGCGGCCUGGAGGCAAUAUAUAGAGUUCCUGCGAGGGUUGCUGUGGGGGCGUUCUCUGCUUUUAUGCUUUCGGUCUUCGUUUUGGACAGCCAGAUCCGGCUGCAGCCUGUUUUUCCCCUCCAGAGAAAGAAAAAUCUCAUUAUGGCGCUUGCGUAUGUGUUGACUACAGUGUUCAUAGGUAUGAUGCAGACGCUUUAG